AUGGCCGAGCGUCUAAACAAAAUACUCCAGGGAGGUACCACCCGUAAAUCGGGUGGAGAAUCCUCCACCGUCGCACCGGGUAAGCCGGGGGCGGUCAGCCCCAUGUAUCUGGAGGGGGCAACCGAGGCCAGAAGAGGGGGAGAAGUGGAGACAGGAGAGAUGAAAGUGGUAGUAGUGAGAGACCUGGACUUGGACAGGAUAUGCAGGAGUGAGUGUGACGAGGCAGAGUACUACAUGGAGCGCUCCGACUCGUCACUCUCACUGUACUCUGAGGAUGGCGCUGUAGGAGGAAGCGAGCCCAGAUCAUCUCGGGCUUCGCUGCGCAAGAGAAGAAUGGUGGAAGUUGAGAUGAAUCCGGAAUUGGAAUUUGACGAGGAGGUGGAGGUCGUGGAAGUGGUCGCGACUCCAAGGCCAAAGAGGCCUCACCCUAAGGAUUUGACGCAGGCGAAAGCCAAUCUGGCCGCCACCACCGGACGUGACGUGGGAAAGAAGGCAACAGCCGCAGUAGCAGCCGCCCAAAUACCGCCGGCGCCGGUGCGCCCAACUACCCGCAGAACCUCAGCUGAGGAUAUGCAGCGCGCCGACGUUUUAGGCGAGGAGAUUCAGGAGUGUGCCCGGAAGGUUCUGGAAGCCGUGAAGAGAUCCGGCCACCUGAAGGGCACAAUAGUGAAAGAGAUCAAGGACGCCGUGACGACCAUCCGCACGGCGGCCGCGACUCUUACGGAGAGAUCCGCGACAGUCGAGUGCGCAGCUCUGCGCAGGGAGAACUCUCGGCUGUCUAAUGACCUAGCGGAGAUGAGAGAGAUGAUGACGGGCAUGCGCGAGGAGUGUGCCAAGUACUAUAAGGAGCUGAAGGCCCUUAAGAUGGCAAUGGCAUCCCCCGCCAAGAGCAUAGAUGAGCUUUCCAUGCUCAAGGCGGAAAAGGCGGAAUGGGAACGCGAGAUGGCAGCGACCCGAAGCUCCUUUGAGGAGCUCUUGAAAAAGAGUGCGGAGGACCGCUCAGCGCUGCGUAAGGCGCAAAGCGAUUUGAUGGCAGCUCAAGCUGCGUUGGCGACUCAGCCGGAGUCCCCGGCCAUGGAUGUGUCUCCCGAUGCUCUAGGUGCUGAACCGUGUGCAGAAGCGCCGGUGAUCACCGAGAGCAUCGAGACUAGGAUAGUGCGGCAAAUCGGGGAUAUAUUUAAUGCCCGGUUCGAAAGAAUAGAGGAGCUUGUCGGCAGGCCAAAGAACCCGGCGCCGAAACGACCUGCGGCUGCACCCCGAACACCUGGGGCAGCCAGCAAAGAAGGAGGUGCGACACCAAUAGCCAGCACCAGUAGAGCGGGGGCGAGUGCUUCUCAACCGCCUCCCUCAACAAAGGAGCAGUGGACGACGGUCGUCCGUCGUGGGAAACGCGCAAGGGCGGCAAAGGGCAAGGAGAUAGCCCCAGCCACCCAGGCGCCCACUGGAGGGGCGAGACAAGCCCAGAAGGAGGCUACAACGGAGGCCCGUAAAGAGGCCACCAAAAAGAAGAACGCUCGGAAGAGACAGUUCCGCCAACCGCGCUCCUCGGCGGUAGUGUUAACGCUGAAGCCGGGAGCUGCGGAGGCGGGAUCGAGCUAUACCUCGGUGCUCCGAGAGGCCCAACAAAAGAUUCAGUUGGACGCCCUCGGGAUCACCGAGUUGGGCUUCAGGCUGGGAGUGACGGGAUCCCGCAUUCUAGAGGUGCCGGGCCCUGUAGAGGAGAGCGGCGGAAAGGCAGAUGCCCUCGCUGCAAAACUUGCCGAGAUCCUACCGGCAGGAGUAGUCGGCGUAACCAGGCCAGUGAAGUCCGCGGAAAUUCGCAUACUGGACCUAGACGACGCUACAACGAUAGUCGACGUGGUGGCAGCAAUAGUGCGAGAGGGAGAUUGCGCCGAGGCCUCCGUAAAAACGGGGGAGAUCCGGCGCUCUCCCUCAGGGAGUGGCUCUGUCUGGGUCCGGUGCCCGAUAGGGACGGUAAAGCGGUUAGUCGAUGCUGGCCGCCUGAAAGUGGGGUGGACGAUGGCGCGGGUGCGGUCCUUAGACCCCCGGCCGAUGCGGUGCUACCGCUGCCUGCUCACGGGUCACGUGGGCCAGCGGUGCACCGCCAAGGAGGACCGCGGCGGAGUCUGUUUCCGCUGCGGUCAAGACGGCCACAAGGCCGCAUCGUGCGCCGCCCCUUCGCCGCAUUGCCCAUACUGUGCAGCGGCCAAGAAGAAGGCGGACCACAGGAUGGGCAGCACCAAGGGGUGCCGUCCGCCCAAACAGGCGGCGAGAGUGGAGGAGAUGGAGGCCGAGCCCGGCCCGUCACCUCCCACCACGGGCCUCGCGGCAGUCGAUGCGGGGGCGUCGGCUGUCACCUAA